AUGAGAGCUGUAAUUUUGCUAUCUAAGAAGUUAAGCGCCGUCAUCAAGCAAGCACCCUUAUGGAAUGAAUUCACUUGCUGGAAGAAAUUCCUCGAGUCCCAUGCUAGAAGAUUGGGUACUGAGAGCAAAAAGAGAUACCAUCAUGUGGUCACAAACUUCUUAAACUACGCUAAUGAACUUCUUUAG